GAUGACGUGGUUGAAGCGCGCGUGAAGCAAGCGCCUGAGUCCCAUCCCUUGCAAGGAGAGUGACGUUGCAACGAUUUGGCAGUGACAUCUCUCCUUGUUCUCUCACCGCAUCCAUUUCGGCGAUCCAAUCUGAGAGACUGAGAGUGAGAGUGAGAGUGUGUCUCGGCAUGGAUUCAGCAUUUGCCAGAGCAAGAUCGAGAUCCAUGUCCUUCGCACCUUCACUCCUCAUCUACAUAUCAUUAUUAUCUUCUUUCGCACUCACAUCCUUUGCAUCCAUCCACGUAUACGAUCAUGAACCUUUCAGAGAAGUCGGCAAUGCCUACCUCCUCGCCGGCGGCAGCGAAGGCAUCGUCGCUGCAUCCGCCGCUCCCACUCCUUCAUACAUACGAUUUGAGAAUAUAACCUUUAGGAGAAGCAAAGGUGCAGCCAAGAAACUCGGUUCUGUUCCUGUACACAUAAUAAUUUUUGAGGCUGCCGAUCGUAAUGAUAUAGGUGGUUCUGCUUAUGGUGGACAAAGGGCAAUCUGUUGCACUCCUGAUUUAGCUAAGAUGGGAGUUUGUAAGCAAGGAGAGAUUAUUAGGAGACCUUCUGCAACAGACAUUAAUUGGCCAGUCAUUGUAGAUGUGCGUUUCAAAGGGAAAUACCUAAGAACUGCAAGUCUAGAUUCUAAGGAAAUUUCCAUCACAAAGACCGGAAUGUAUAAUUUGUUUUUUGUAGCUUGUGACCCCAAGCUCAAGGAUAUGGUAAUGAAUGGGAAGACAAUAUGGAAAAACCCUGAUGGGUAUUUACCAGGUAGGAUGGCACCAUUAAAGAAGUUCUAUGUAUUUAUGACACUGGCUUAUGUUUGCCUUAGCAUCGUUUGGUUUUUUCAGUACGUAAGGUUUUGGGAUGAUGUACUGCAACUUCAGCACUGUAUCACAGCUGUCAUUGCUCUUGGAUUGUUUGAGAUGGUUCUCUGGUAUUUUGAGUAUGUCAAUUUCAACAACACUGGAAUAAGACCUAUUGUGCUCACAACAUGGGUUGUCACUGUUGGGGCUAUAAGAAAAUCAAUAUCACGACUUCUUAUUCUCUCUGUUUCAAUGGGUUAUGGCGUUGUGCGACCCACUCUUGGUGGUCUUACAUCAAAGGUUCUUUUACUUGGAAUAACUUACUUUCUGGCAUCAGAAUUGCUGAAUAUUACUGAAUAUGUGGGGACCAUCAAUGAUGUAUCGGGAAGGGCAAGGCUCCUUCUAGUUCUUCCCGAUGCUUUCUUGGAUGCAUUUUUGAUAUUAUGGAUUUUUACAUCUCUGUCAAGAACACUGGAGCAGUUACAGGCAAAACGAAGUUCUGUUAAGUUAGAUAUAUACAGGAAGUUCUCAAAUGCGUUAGCAGUAACAGUGAUCUCCUCAGUUGCUUGGAUAGGAUAUGAGGUAUACUUCAAAGCUACAGAUCCUUUCAAUGAGCGCUGGCAGAGUGCUUGGAUCAUCACUGCAUUCUGGGACAUUCUGGCAUUUGCAUUACUCUGUGUUAUAUGCUAUCUCUGGGCCCCAUCCCAAAGCUCUCAAAGGUAUGCUUAUUCGGAGGAAGUGGGAGAAGAUUCUGAUGACGAAGAAGCUCAAUCUCUCACUAAGGGAAAGCAGGAAGGUCAAGGUGAACUAAGUUUAGUCCGGCAAGAGAAGAAUGUCGGACAUGAUGGAUCCUUUGAUGAAGAAGACGAUUCAGAAGAGGAUAAAAGGGAAUGAGCUCUUAUCAACUUUUGUUAACCGCACUUGCACUGUUUUUAUGGCUGGGUUUUUAAGUCUUAGGCUUGUGCCACAACCCUUCACAAGAAGUGUUGUAAAAUUUUGUUCAUUUGUACCGGAGUAGAACAGUUUUAUAUUCUUUGUUUUAGAAUACGUUAUAUUGUGUAUUGAAUUAAUGUAUGACAAGUACUGAACGCGUUGAUGAUCAAAUUUACUGUACUUGUAUCCUUCUUCCCCUCACACUUGUGGACUUCGAAAUCUCCUCGAUUGCUCGAUUAA